AUGACGUUACCUAACCUACCCCCGCUCAAGCCCACGGGCGGAAAGAUCAUGGUCAGUCUCGCCAUCGGGUUCGCCGCGGCCGGCGCGUGCACGCAGUUCCUCUCCCUGAACAUGCCCUUCGGAGGCAAGCUCCCGCACACGAUGACGAACAAGGACUGGUACCCCGAGACGGCGAGGAAGAUGCGAACGGGGUGGGACCGCGAGGGCGCGCCGGACCGACCGAUCGAGCUGAACCCGAUGUCCAAGAACGCGUGA